UAGAAGUUCAGUUACGUCUGCACUGUUGAAUCUAUACCCUAGUCGGGACAAUGCAACGCCGCAAAAGUCUAUUUGCGCCAUACAUCUCCAGAGACGCAGACACUGUUGCUGAUUUGAAAGUGCAAGUACAUCCUAUAGACCUGCCACAUGGCGCUCUUGGGCAGACAAGUUGGACAGAGGAGAGAGCAGAGCGCAGGAGCGAAUGUGACACGUGCGCUGUUGGGGAACUCAGAUUGCCAGGGCUCGGAUACAUCGAACAGGACCAGAGCACCAUCGACAAAGCGCAAAGGCGGCGGCGCAUGGCUGCUAACGCCCGGGAGAGGAGGAGGAUGCUCGGCCUCAAUGUUGCCUUCGACCGCCUCAGGAGCGUUAUCCCUAACCUGGAGAGCGACAAGAAGCUGUCCAAGUCAGAGACUCUUCAGAUGGCGCAGAUAUACAUAUCGACGCUCAGCGACUUGUUGCAGGACAGGCCCUGCGUAGCGGAAUUCAGCACCACUGAACUUGAGAGCAAGGCGAAGGUGGACACGGCCCCAACGGGAAGGCCAACAAUGAACUCCACAGCAGAAGACCCAGCUGUAAAGCUACCUGGGCCAGGUACAUACAAUAUAUGUAGAGACAGUGGAAACGUGAUGCGCGCGCCUUGCGAAGAACAGAAGACAGAGCUGCGAGGGUUUACGAACCUGUGGGAGAGAACUAGUGGCACAAAAUAACAGAUUGUAUUUGUUUGUGCUUACUAAUGUAUUUUUUUUCUCAUACAAAACAUGUUGAUUCUUGUUUGAAACCUAUUUACGCAUCAAUAUGAGCUUUAUCUAAAAGCUUCGGCUUCUUUCGCAUGUCUGAAAGUUUAUGCUCUAAAACGGGCAAUCGAUUAUUCCAAAACAUGAUACAAAACGUACAGAAGUGUACAAAAAUACAAAAAGUAUCAGACACAGGUAUACUGAAAGUAGCAAUUUUUAUUCUAGUUAAAAUUAUAUACAGGUAACCAAAGACAUUCUUGAAAUUGGUACAAAGAUCAUGUUCCUGCAUUUGGCUUUGUAUACCUUUUUAAUCUGACUUUCAAAUAACACAACUGAGAAAUGCUGUAUAAAAUAAAAAUAGGAUUGGAUUCAGAAAAGUAGUCUACCAUUUCUAAUUUCCAAUAGGAAAUAUUUACAAAUUUAUUUACAUUAUUCCAUUCAUUUCCAGAUUUGUGAAUAAAGCUCUUGUAAACUUUAGAAGUGUUGAAAUAGCUUAGAAAGUACUGAUGAGGGCGUGUGUCUUAGCACACCCAUGAGAAACAAAACGACACGUUGGAAACACACCAAAUGAAAACAAAUGCAACUUAAGAACAUAAAUCUUAGCCUCCCAACCUCAACAUCCAAGCUGGGAUAAAAUGAUUUUAGUUUUAUGGGAGAAAUCUAUGGGAAACAACAUAUGACCAAUGCAGUAGCUGACACUGUGCUUAAGCCGAUAGCAGUCCCAAUCUAGCCUGAAAUUAACAAAACUGAGAACACCGGCUAUGAAA